UGGCUGCUGUACUAUUUAUGCUUUCGUUACUUUCUUCUACUCUAUGGACAAUCCUUCUCUCUCUCUCUCUGUACAAUUUCUUUGCUUUCUCGGCAGUGCUCAGGCAGUGCUCCGGACUUUUAAAGAGUAUUGAAGGUGGCCCAGAACACUAAAUAUUGAUAUGGCUGCUUUAACUCGCUCGAUUUUCCCCUCUGUUCGGUUGCUGUCCCGGGCAGUGGUACAAGGAAUUUCGUCUCGGGGCUAUGCCGACGAAAUGUCAUUCACAUUUGCUGCCGCUAAUCAGGUAUUUUACCAUAACAAAAACGUAAAACAAAUUGAUGUACCGUCGUUCAGCGGAGCUUUUGGUAUUUUGCCGAAACACGUACCAACACUUGCUGUAUUAAAGCCAGGAGUUGUCACUGUUUAUGAAAUAGAUGGUGGUAAACAAGACAUAUUUGUAUCUAGUGGCACUGUUACCAUAAAUGAAGAUUCAUCUGUUCAGAUAUUAGCCGAAGAAGCUCAGCCUGUUCAAAAUCUUGAUGCUUCAGCAGCUCGUGAAGUACUGCAACAAGCUCAGAGUGAGUUUGCAUCAGCAAGUUCGGAUGUUGCCAAAGCAGAAGCAGCGAUUGCAAUAGAAGUGGGAGAGGCCCUAGUAAAAGCUACAAGUUGAAUGUGUAUAUAAAUGAUUUAUUAGUUAUUGUUUAAAAAUAUUUUGGAAUGUAUGUGAUACCAUAACAUUAAAGGCAGUAAUAAAAAUUCUACACAUCUGUGAUUUUUUUUUAAAAGUAAUCCUUACGUACAAUUGUUACAUUUUUAGUUUGACCAUGAUUGGUGGUAGAGAAUGCAGAUUCAGGUUUCUCAAUUUUAUUCAUUGAAUUUGAAUCAUUCUAAUAAAGUAAACCUGAAAGUUUGACUCCCCUUUCCAAUAAAUACCAAUGAAAGAUCAUAUCUUGCCUUUCAAACUUCGCUUGUAAGUUGUGGUUACAUAGUAUGAGUUUUUAGGAAGCAAAAAUCCUCUUUCAUAACACCAUGUGUAAGGAAAAAAAUAUCAAGAUUUCAAAGCGUUAUUUCAACAUUAUUAGAAAAGAUGAUGGAAAGUGGACUUUCAUGGUGUGAGCUGACAAACACAAAUAUUUAAAGAGCACCCAAUUUCGUGAAAUAGCUCCCCUUCGUGUGUACAACCCCUUAGUUUUUUUUGGAUGAAAAUUUCAGAAAACGUUUUAUGUAGUUCACUAGCUCUUUGUUGCAAUAACAUUCAAAAAAUGCCUACUGCAAUUUUAAUUGUCAGCAUGUCUUAAGAAAAUUACACCCUGUUGGAAAUUAAUCUAUCCAUUUGUAAGAUUGUUUAAAAAAUAAAAGUUUUGAAAAA